GCUGCCGCGGUGCUAGCACUGACGUGUCUCUCGGCGGAGGUGCAGCGCUCGGGAGCGGGCUGGGCCGCGGACAGCCUCACUUCACUCGGAGUGGAGCGGAGCCGAAGGGGAACCCGGAGCCCGAGCAGCCACCGCCAUGGCGAUCAAAUUUCUGGAAGUCAUCAAGCCCUUCUGUGUCAUCCUGCCGGAAAUUCAAAAACCGGAGAGGAAGAUUCAGUUUAAGGAGAAAGUGCUGUGGACUGCAAUCACCCUCUUUAUCUUCUUAGUAUGCUGCCAGAUCCCGCUGUUUGGUAUCAUGUCUUCAGAUUCAGCUGACCCUUUCUAUUGGAUGAGAGUGAUUCUUGCCUCAAACAGAGGCACAUUGAUGGAGCUGGGUAUCUCUCCCAUUGUCACCUCCGGCCUCAUCAUGCAGCUCUUGGCUGGUGCCAAAAUAAUUGAAGUUGGUGACACCCCAAAAGACCGAGCCCUCUUCAAUGGAGCCCAAAAGUUAUUUGGCAUGAUCAUUACCAUCGGCCAGUCCAUCGUGUACGUGAUGACAGGAAUGUACGGAGAUCCUUCUGAAAUGGGCGCUGGAAUCUGCCUGUUAAUCACCAUACAGCUCUUUGUUGCUGGCUUAAUUGUCUUACUUUUGGAUGAACUUCUGCAAAAAGGAUACGGCCUGGGCUCUGGGAUCUCCCUCUUCAUUGCCACUAACAUCUGCGAGACCAUCGUGUGGAAGGCGUUCAGCCCCACCACUGUCAACACUGGCCGAGGAAUGGAAUUUGAAGGCGCCAUCAUCGCACUGUUCCAUCUACUGGCCACACGCACUGACAAGGUCCGAGCCCUUCGAGAGGCCUUCUACCGCCAGAAUCUUCCCAACCUCAUGAAUCUGAUUGCCACCAUCUUUGUCUUCGCAGUGGUGAUCUAUUUCCAGGGCUUCCGCGUGGACCUACCCAUCAAGUCAGCCCGUUACCGAGGCCAGUACAACACCUACCCGAUCAAGCUCUUCUACACCUCCAACAUCCCCAUCAUCCUGCAGUCCGCCCUGGUGUCCAACCUGUAUGUCAUCUCCCAGAUGCUGUCUGCCCGCUUCAGUGGCAACCUGCUGGUCAGCCUGCUGGGCACCUGGUCUGAUACUUCCUCCGGGGGCCCGGCACGUGCGUAUCCUGUUGGCGGCCUGUGCUACUACCUGUCCCCGCCAGAAUCCUUUGGCUCCGUGUUAGAAGAUCCCGUCCAUGCCGUGGUGUACAUAGUGUUCAUGCUUGGCUCGUGUGCGUUCUUCUCCAAAACCUGGAUUGAGGUCUCGGGCUCCUCUGCCAAAGAUGUUGCAAAGCAGCUAAAGGAGCAGCAGAUGGUGAUGCGGGGCCAUCGAGAGACUUCCAUGGUCCAUGAGCUCAAUCGGUACAUUCCCACUGCCGCGGCCUUUGGUGGGCUGUGCAUCGGGGCCCUCUCCGUCCUGGCCGACUUCCUGGGUGCCAUCGGGUCUGGAACCGGGAUUCUGCUCGCAGUCACGAUCAUCUACCAAUACUUUGAAAUCUUCGUAAAGGAGCAGAGCGAGGUCGGCAGCAUGGGGGCCCUUCUCUUCUGAGCCACGUCUCCCUGGACCAGGAGAGGGGCCCUGCCUGGAAUUGCAAGGGAGGGGGACAGUGAGGCCCGUGGGGUGCUCAUUGCAGGAGUGCUGCUACAGCACCAGGACUUUUGUUUAAUAAUGUUUUUGAAUUUCAUACUCUUUCAUUCCACUUUGUAAAGUGCUAGAAUUUUUCCAGUUUGAAAUUUUGCUUUUUAUGCUGGCAUUGGCAGAAAGAACGGUAGGAGGGAGGUUUUAUGGAGCUCACUGCCAGAGGUGGGGAUGGCAAAGGACUGUCCCCAGACAACUUUUUUUUUUUUAACCUUUGCACCUGCUCAGUGCCGUAGGCAGCUGCAGUGGUCUGAGCUGUUCCCCAAGCACGGGAACUUUUUGAUUAGAAGCACAAACCUCAUAGCUGUGUCUCCGUCGUUGCCAUAGGGCACGAGGCUGAGAGCAAAUCAUGUUUUCUGGUGGACAUGACUCACUGGUGAGUCCCUAUCACAAUCAGGGGUUAGAAUACCUGGCUUCAAACUGUUUCUCUGGAAGACACCAUUGUUUUCCCCCUUUUAUAAGUAGUUUUUUAGGAACAAACCUCUUCGAAAGAAAGGGAUGGGUUUUCCAGAAGACAUUCUUGGGCCGUCUGUUAAUUUUUCUGCAUGUGCCUCUUGGCUAUUCUCGUUGACUGUUCUGGUUGGGCUUUGAGGCUGAAGAGCACGGAGUCAGCUUGGCUCCAUUGUGUCUGGCUGGCUGUCGUCGGUUUGUGUCCUCUGAAGGAGUGAGGCCAGGAUUCUGCAGGCUGGCGCCUGGCCCAGCCGGGUGGACGCUGCGUGACCCUUGAAGUGAUGUAUGUCUGUACCCUCCUUCCGGUUGUCGCUGGAUGGGCCUACCGCUCGCCUACAGCAGCCCUCACACAGGAAAAGACAGUGGCUUCACUUUUACAGGCCACUGUGCCUAGGACCAAAUACAUGUUAAGUAAAUGCCCAGAUGCCACCUGUCUUCUAGCUUCAGUCAGCACCACCCCGCAGAGAGGAGGGUGCGGGCCCCACAUCCGUGGCAAAAUCAGGGUCAGAGAGCUUAGGUUUUGGUUUUUGUUUGUGUUUUUUAGUAAGUUGCUCCAGCCUGUGAUUGGAAAAGACUCAUGGUGAUGUCUAGAAUGAGUUCUGUUUGUGGUAACAGGGGACCUAGGGUUUAGGCAGUGGAACCUUUUCCGAGGCCGGCAGGGAGGCUCCUCUAGGGACAGGUGGUACUUGGCAGCAGGGACAGCAGAGUUGGGUGCCACAAGCCUGAAGAAUUCUCCCUGGAGGAAGCCCCAGCUCUAAGGAAGCACCCGGGGCCCUGCGGAGAGAGAUGCCCCACCAGCAGCCGGCACACAGUGGCCUUCGAAGCAGAGCCAUGGUCACGACUCAGUAGAGCCGAGUCUGAGCUCCUAGGACACCUCACUCACAGCGCUAACCAGGAACAGACCAACCGAGGGACAGGAAGCGACUUGCCUGAAUCCACCUGGCAAGUCAGCAGCAGAAGCAGGAUGGGCCCGACAGGUCUGUCGACCCCUCAGUCCAGGGCAUCCCACCAUAUCACACGUGGCCUUGUCAGACCCAGUCCUGAGCAGAGACUCAAUGCUCCCCCUGCGGCACGCCAUCUGCUCGGCCCCACCCGUGGUUACGCUGUGGGCGCCAGCCUCAUGGGUGGGGCCCUGCGUGGCUCUUGCUCUGUGGUCUGUGAUCACAGUGGGUAGGGGGCUGACCCCAGCUUCCAGGGGACUGUCACUGUGGACGCCAAAAUGGCAUAAAUGAGUUAAGGUGAAUAAGUGACAAAUAAAGCCAAUUUUUACAAGCCA